AUGAUAACUCUUCGUGACUUAUCAAAUAUUGCUGCUUCUGCGUGCAAAAGUGAUACCCGAAAUAAUUUAACAAGCUUUGUUAAGACUUUAAAGGAAAAAUACAAUGCUAAUGUAGAUGUUUUAAUGGAUGCAGAAAAUAAUUUACAAGGGCUUUUUUUCCAAGAUGUUUCAAUGCAUAGUGUUUACAAUGCAUAUCCUGAAUUUUUAUGCAUGGAUGCAACUUAUAAAUUAUUAGAAAUUCGUUUGCCAGUAUAUAUUCUGCUAUGUGAAGACGGAGCUGGUGAAAGUGAAAUAGCAGCUGUCGGUUUGCUUGCACGUGAAGAUGCUGCAUCUCUGAGUUGGUUCAUUGAAAGAUUCAAGAGUUAUAAUAUUUCUUGGCCAAAGACAAAUGUUUUCAUGACAGAUAAAGACUUGAACGAAAGAGAUGUAUUGCGUGGUGCUUUUCCAGGGGUAUCUCUAUUACUCUGUUUAUUUCACACCCUUCGAACUUUUAGUCGUGAAAUUACAACUGCCAAGCUUGGGAUUACAAGUGGGGAAAGAAUUUCAUCUCUUGAGUUUAUUCAGAAAUUGGCCUAUGCUACCUCAGAGAAAAAUUAUGACGAACUAUAUAGACUAUUUGUUUCAUCAGCUCCAUCCACUGUUAUAGAUUAUUAUAACAACAAUUGGCAUAAUAUUCAUGAUGAGUGGGUUUUUGGUCUAAAAUUUGUGAGCAGAAACCUCAUGAACAGCACUAAUAACCGGCUAGAAAAUUUCAAUGGAAAGUUAAAAGAAGUCAUUGACUGCAAUAGCUCUUUAGAAAACUUUCUUGAUAAAUUCUAUGUUGUUCUAACAUCAAUGCGCAAUGAAAGAGAUCAUAGGACCAUUUUUCAAAUGCAAAAAGUUUCUGUUGAUGUGUUUGAUCCUAAUUCUGCUGAGGCAGCUUAUAAAAAAGUUUUGACAUUGUAUGCUGCUCGACAUGUUCUAAAACAAAUGAGCUUGUUUAAAGAAAUUAUAUUGUUACCAGGAGAACAUGGCCAGUUCAUAGUAAACAGCCAUGAAGGUAGUCAUAUAGUGACUUCAAAUUUUUGUUCAUGCAUGUUUCGAAAGUCAAUGAACUUACCAUGUCGACACAUAUAUGCUGCUCGCCAGUUGCUUGGGAUAAAUUUAUUCGAUACUGAGUUGUGUUCUGAGAGGUGGACAUUAAAGUACUAUCGUCAACAUCAACGGGCCUUUAGUACCCAAGUCACGGAUGGAAAGCCUGGAGCUGUAGAUUUUCAUGUUGCUCCAAAAGUAAAAUUGCAUUCUCAGCAUGAGAAGUUUAAACUUGCCAUACAGGAGACCACUUCUUGCUACCCUUGUAUCUGAGUCCACAGGUCAGACACUUGAACAACGUCU